AUGGACCUAGAAUCAAUCCCGCCAAUAACCCUGAUCUGGACCUCCUCCAUCCUCAUCAUCGCCCUUCUGGAACACACGCACACCAUCUCUUCCUUCCAACUCUUCUACACCCCCUCACUCGUCUUCCGCAAAUAUCAAUUCUGGCGACUCCUCACGACCUUCCUCUAUUUCGGACCAUUGGGGCUCGACUUUAUCUUCCAUCUUUUCUUCUUUGUGCGAUAUUCACGAAUGCUCGAAGAAAAUUCUUUUGGCGGCCGAACUGGUGGUAGAGCCUCGUACGUCGUUCUCCUCUUCUUCGCCACAGUUUGCCUGUUAGUCCUGUCGCCGUUAACAGCACAGCCGUUUUUGGGCAGCCCGUUGGCGUUUGUACUCGUGUAUAUCUGGGCGAGAAGGAAUAGACAUGUAAGAUUGAGUUUGUUCGGAUUGCUGGUGAUAACGGCGCCUUAUUUGCCUUGGAGUUUGGUGGGGUUUGGGUGGUUACUACAUGGAAGUCUCAAGGCGGUGGUGGGAGAUCUGAGCGGGAUUGCUGUUGGUCAUCUUUUUGCAACGGGUAACGGAACAGAUUACUUCCUGGUCGAUGUCUGGCCAAGAGAGUUCAGGUCGGGAGGUGGAAGCCUGUUGGCUACUCCGAACUUUCUCAUCGGCAUAUCACUCCUCCCUCGCAUACUAGCUUUCGUUCCUGGUCUGCUCUGUCUGCGUGUAGCUGUGUAUUGGUCUCCCGCACGCUAUGUCGAAGCCUUGGCCGUGAAAGAAGAGCAAGGUGGAGCCUGA